UUGCGUGAUGAUUUCGCGAAGAGACAAUCUUUUGGUGAGGCCGUGGCAGCAGAGGCGGUACGACAAUCACAGAAAGAAGGUGCAAACUGCAGCCCCCGCUAUCGAUAAUAGAACGCCGUUGCCUAGGCAACACGUCACACUCAAACUCAAAAAAAAGCAGAAGGAAUCCGAACGAUGUGAAGAAAUCGAGAAGAAUAAUUUUAGUUUAUUGAAGAGACUGAGCUAUGUGAUGCGUACAAGCCGCGUCGACAAUGCAUGGAGCACCCCACAGCCAAAUUUCUUAAACCGCGUCUCCAUUUACGACACCAAAUUGCCAAAAUUCGAAGACUUGUACAUCGACGAGCCCCUGCGAACCCCCGACGGGCGCCCAACCCGAAAAUCGAAGUGCCUGGCCUGCACGCCCCAACGUAUCCCCGAAGUGAAGAUUCCAGAGGAGAGAAUUCCCUGGGAGCCCGAAAAACCCACAAUUUCGCGAUUUCGGAGCAAAUCCGUGCCCCCACCCAAACCCGUAGUCGUGGCUGAGAGAAAAGUGCCACGUUCGGCUCUUGCCAUCGCGGAACCCCCGAAGAAAAAGAAAGUGGAGCCAAAAUUCAGUGCCAAGGAACCCCAAAGUAUUAUUCUGAGUCGCGGCUGUUUGAAAUUGUCGGUGAAUUUUCCGUCAGAUACCCUGGUGAAAUUGAACGAAGGCCACCAGGAGAAGGUCCUCAUUGAUAAUGUGUGUCAUUGCAAGAGCGUCACCGCAGUGGCGAUUUAAAUAAAUUUCCUUAAAAAUGUUCCUGUAUUGGCGAACGUGGUGGUGGGAUAGUGGUAUGAAGAAUGAAAUAAAUGUAUAAUAAGUAUAUUGAGAAAUAUCCAAUACUCGUUUGACAUACAGGCUCAUGUUUAUUUACAUAAUACACACAAUUAAUCUUUAAAGACAAAGCAUGGUAUUUAUUAGCUUAAACUAUUCACUAACCGUCUAAAGUGGCCGUUUCCCGGAGUGUCUGCCCUCCGAACCGCUCGGUUAUAACCGUCCGUUACAACCCAACGAUAAUUUAUCCUACAUUACGUAAUAAAUUAUGAGUAAAUGAUGGUCCUAAGACGGUGCUGGAUUCGUUUAUUGUAUUGUAUGUAUAUAAAAAUAAGGUACAGAAAGAAAAUAAAAUGAAAAA